AUGUUCAAUAAUAGGCACUGGGAAUUCCAACAAGAUUCGGCGCCAGCUCAUAGAGCGAAGGGCACACAAGACUGGCUGGCGGCGCGUGAUUUCGACUUCAUCCGGCACGAAGACUGGCCCUCCUCCAGUCCAGAUUUGAAUCCGUUAGAUUACAAGAUAUGGCAACACUUGGAGGAAAAGGCGUGCUCAAAGCCUCAUCCCAAUUUGGAGUCACUCAAGACAUCCUUGAUUAAGGCAGCCGCCGAUAUUGACAUGGACCUCGUUCGUGCUGCGAUAGACGACUGGCCGCGCAGAUUGAGAACCGUAGCGGACAGAUAUACAUCGCCGCUGUGGAAAUGUCUUGUGCAGAGACUGAUUACUGGGCCCUAUCCACCCCCAUGA